AUGGUGGAAAUGGUUGGCUCUGAAAAUGUGGUUCAUUUAGUGACUGAUAAUACACCUAACUACAAGGCUUCAGGUAGAUUACUUGCAGAGAGAUACCCAAAUCUUUCUUGGUCUCCAUGUGCAGCUCACUGCAUGAAUUUAAUAUUGGAGGAUGUGGGAAACAUGCCUAAUGUUCAAGAGUUAGUUUAUGUUGUCUCAAAGGUAACUAUCUUUGUCUACAAUCAUAAGUCAACUUUAAAUUUUUUAAGGAAGAGGCAAGGUUGGAGGGAAAUCAUUUGUCCAGGAGAAACCCGCUUUGCUACCCCCUUUAUAGCCCUUCAGAAAGCAUUUGCACAUAAAGAUGACUUACAAGCUUUGGUAGUUGAUCAAGAGUUCAGACAGUUUCUAAAAACAGAGAAAGCAAGAUAUGUCAAGGCUGUUGUUUUAGAUGAAAACAUGUGGGAGCAUUGUUUGUUGAUCGUAAGGAUUAUGGCUCCAAUGACACGCUUGCUGCGUGUUUGUGAUACUGAUGAAAAGCCAUCAUUACCAUAUGUGUAUGAAGUAAUGUAUCGAGCACGUUUAGGCAUCAAGAAGAUAUGUGGAAAAAAGAAGGAAUUGUAUAAACCUUAUACAAGGAUCAUAAAGAACAGGUGGGACAGAAUGUUGCGUCAUGAUCUUCAUGCUGCGGCAUACUUCUUCAAUCCAGCUUUUAUGUAUGAUAAGAAGAACUUUUCAAUAAAACCUGAGAUAUUGAGAGCGAUGUUAAAUUUGAUGGAAAAACAAAAAGGGUCUGACAGAGCAAAAAUCUUUGAGGGGAUGACAAUGCAUAGAGAACAUGAGAAAUGCUUCUCACAUUCAUCAGCUUUAAGUUGUUCGAAAACCACUCGUCCUGAUGAGUGGUGGAAGUUUUUUGGAUAUAAUGUUCCUGUUUUGCAGAAGCUAGCAAUUCAAAUUCUUAGCCAAACUGCAUCAUCAUCAGGCUGUAAGCGUAAUUGGUCUGUGUUUGAAAGAAUUCACACAAAAAGGAGGAAUAGAUUGGAACAUCAAAGACUUAAUGAUCUUGUCUACGUUCACUACAAUUUGCUUCUACAAGAUAGGUUCCCAAAAAGAAAGAGGUCAUAUGAUCCGAUUGAUUAUGAGACCAUUGAUAAAACUGAUUUUUGGGUUGUGGAAGAAAGUGGAGAAGCUGAACUAGAUUAUGAUGAACUUGAGAAUGCACUUACCGAAGAAAACCCAAAAGAUGGAGAAGAUGUAACUUCUGAAACCUUGAACUUGAACGAAGGUAACGAAGACGAAAUGCCAUUCUCUCAAGAUGAUACAGCUGAAUAA